UUUUUACUAAUAUUUUUUUCUACCAGAAACAAAUGGUCAUACAAAUUGUUUCAAUACUUGGUAAGCCCACGGAAUUAAUACUAUGUCCCCACUCAUUAUUGAUUUCCCAAACUAUAAAUAUCCCAUUCUUUUUCCUUCAUUCCCAUAUCCUUAAUUUGUUGAGUUUUAAAGAGUACUAUACAUCCAAAAACUUAUAAUUUCCAAAGUUUUCUUUGUUGAUUUCAAGUUCAACCCUUUUCUCAAUUACUUAUAUUCUACUUACAUCUUAAACUUAUGUGUAUGGUAUCAUCAGUUUCUGUUACCACAGCUGAAAAAGAGUCUUUUUUCUCGAGAUUACGGAAUAUGUUUCAUUUCAGAAGGAAUGAAGAUGAGAAGACAAUGACAACAACAAACACAAGAGCUACUACUACUAACUGUAUUCCUGUGAGUGACAAUAGUGGUAGUAGUAACAAGGGAGAGUUAGAGAGGGUAUUUACAUACUUUGAUGAGAAUGGAGAUGGAAAGGUGUCACCUGCAGAGUUAAGGAAGUGCGUAAAGGCGGUAGGAGGUGAGCUGACCGUAGAGGAGGCGGAGAUGGCAGUGAGGCUAUCGGAUUCUGAUGGAGAUGGGUUAUUGGGCAUUGAGGAUUUUACGAAGCUGAUGGAAGGAAUGGAGGAAGAGAGGAAUAAAGAGAGUGAGUUGAUUGGAGGAUUUGGAAUGUAUGAAAUGGAAGGAUACAUUACUCCUAAGAGCUUGAAGAACAUGUUGAGUCGACUAGGUGAGUCAACAUCCAUUGAUAACUGCAAAGCUAUGAUUCGAAGGUUUGAUCUCAAUGGAGAUGGAGUCCUCAGCUUUGAUGAGUUCAAAGUUAUGAUGACAACUUAGAAGAGAUAGGUGUGUACAUAAUAUAAUAUGAUUCUGAUUGUUUCCCUAUUGAGAUUAUUUUUUUCCAUUCUAUAGAUUCAUAAUUGUAAAACCAAAGUAUUUGAUUUCACUUUGUGGUUCAAGUAAUUCAAUCUCAGCUACUCAACUGUGCUAGAUAA